AGUCAAUUUCCGAACGAAUUCGCACUCAGCUCAGCUGUCAGAGUUAUGUCAAUCGUUACGUUAUCAGUCAGCUUUUAUUCCAAUUUUUAAUUAUUUCAAUAAGAUUACAGAGAUCUAUUAUAUUUUUUAGUAACUAACCGUAGAAAUAAUAGGCAAACGAUAUAUACUAUUUAUAUCAACAUUAAUUAAUAAUAAAACUAGUGUCGAGUGUUAGACGUGACGUGAAGUGUUUGUUCAAAUAUUCAUAAUGGUAAAAAAUCAUUGAUGGGUAUUGUUUACGAAUUUCGUGGAAUUGAAGAUAUCACCGACUGCCUUUGGAUAUAUUAGUUGUUAAGAUGGAAGGGAGUAACGAUUCGUUGUCAAUUUUGACUGCGCCCAUGAGCGGCUCGUCCGCGGUGCUGCUGACCCCGGGCCGCACGAGGAACAUAGCGCAGGACAUGGAGGCCCUGAGGCUGUCGCGACAGGACAACCCUUUUUUACAGCAAGUGAUCAAGGCGAGCAGAGAAAGUCUGAUUGAGAGCCACAUUGAUGAAUGCGAAUCUGAUGACACCAUAUUAAUGUCACAGGACUUCGGCAGCACAGCUCUAGACUUUGUGGAAGAGGACCCACUGACCUUGAAAGAGGUCCAUGAGCAUAUGAUCAGAUCCCCUCCCCCGACAAGCUGUUGGUCUAAUGAGUCGCUCUCGUACCGCGCCGCCUCGGCCUUCGAGUUCGGCGCCGAUAGCCCCGUGUCGUUUAGCGCCUACUCCGUCGCGCAUGAGAAGGAUUAUUCUCGCUCCCCGCGUCGUUCGCGAGCGUCGCGCUCGGCGUCACCACGCUCCCACGAUCUAGCUCUCUGUGGGAGACCGCUCUCCUUGCCAGGUGAAAGCCACCUCCGCAACGCCCUAAGCAAAAAAGUGCAGCCCGAGCGCUUCUCCCUCCUGCAGCAUCCGCGCCCGCUGCGCAGACCCGCGCGGCGCGACGACGAGAGCGUGCAGCUGGUUCCCGAUGACAAGUAAAAUAGGAUAGGAAGGAAUUUUGGUGUUAACUGGUUGAUGUUGGUCCUAUUUGUGGGGUUACCGUUUAUAUUGGUAACCGUAUUGUAAGAGAAUUCGAUGGAAAUGUAAUGAAAAGGGUAUUGAUGUUUACUGAUAACAAAUGUAGGUUAAUAACAGUGAGCGCGCGAUUUGUACUGAACUGUCAAAAUUUCCAUAUCCGCGUCAGCUUUCGAGGAUUGGGAGGUUAUGUUAGUUACCGUAUUGUAAAGUUUACAAUUCUAAAGGUACUAUAGUAAACCUUUUGGGACGUUAAAUCUCACAAUGAACUUCGAGGGUACCUACUCUAAACCUAUAUGUUGGCAUUGUGAAGUUACAAUUGGUAUCCUUUUUGAGGGACUAACCCUACCGAUGGUGUCGGUGACCCUAUUGUAAAGU